AUGCGAGCAACGCAAAGUCAAGUGGUUCGCGCGGCGACAGAAGCUGUGGUGCGUCCAUCACUACCCAUAGAAGGCGAACCGAUGGUGUCCGAUCGGCCACGGUCAACGAAGGGGCAAAAAGGGACUUCAAAUGUCGCUACUCGAACGUCAACCGCCAGGAAAUCAAGCAAGAAGAAAACGAACGCAUGUGCGCCCGCGGUGAACGGCAAAGACGUACCGGUGGAGAUUCUAUUUAUCCUCUCGACUACAGUGGCAAAUGCGACGACACUGCCGCAACACAGUUCAAGAGGGCAAAGCGCAGACACGGAACCGGGUCCUGCGGCAAACCCAAAGGCUACGCGGAGUAUUCACGAGCGAGCUUCAGCAACGCGAAGUACGAAGAAAAAGAAGCGGAAUCCACGCGUAGCUAUGAAGGGGAAACGGCAUGUUUCGCCAGUUGUCGCGACCUCCAGUUCAGCGCCUAAAGUAACUGCAACAACUGUGGAAAACAAAAAGAGAGCAACCAAAAAGACCCGAAGGUCAACGACGACAUCAAGCGCUCUUCCCGGUCCAACUACCCAGCCCUACAGAGCGGUUGGCGGAUUUCCCACGACGGUAAACAGCUAUGUGAACAGUGGGGAAGAACAGAGGGAGCCCACAUUGCCCUGCUCUGAGACUUCCAGUAGCAGUGACAGUGAGAUUGCAGACGACGACCAAGACAUUCUACCUUCCGCAGUGAACGAUUCAGACCGGGACUGGGAUUCGCAGAGUCGAACAGAUGACGAACAGCGUCGGCCGGAGACACCAAUGGACGUUAAUAUCUGCGGUGACGGUGAUCGGAAUGGCUUCGAUGCCUUAGAUUCAGAUGGGCCCUCUGAUGAAGGCGAGGAGUCGCACGAGGAAAAUAUUCGCUUUGUAGAUACUGGGGCAAAUUGGACUGAUGCCGCUAUUGCUGAGUAUAUGGCCGAGCUUGGUGCUGACAUCAACGACGACGACGCGCUUCUCAAGUUAGCUCGGACGCGAAACGAGAUCAAGGCGUGGGAAACCAACGGAUGGGAAGAAGGAAAUUAUAUAACAGUGAAAACGAAAGAUGUUGAUGGCACUAACUUCUACUGA